AUGGCUGGAUAUAUCAAUACACCGCAAACAAACAACGCCUCAUAUUUUACCACUGGGCAUGAUCGACUGGAUGAGAUAUCGCCAGAGAAGUCGUUUCUUCCGCCUUCACAGAAGAAUGAUAUUGUCGGCCAAAUGAAAAGUCAUGGAAUGAACCUCAAAUCCCCCCGAUCCGGGUCCCGAGACCCCCUGCGCCUCCUACCUAACGGCAACCGAGGUCGACCGGAAUUUACACCAUUCAUGAAGAGUGCAACGAAGAACAACAUUGCGCGUCGUCUUUCCGGAAAGAAAGUAAGCGCCUCUGGUACGCCUGCGUACCUCAGAGAUGGCUACGAUCCCAAGCUUCCUAGACUCAGCGACCUAUCGCAGGUCGAGACCGAAAACACCUCUAGCUCGGCCGGUAAUGCCAACGACUACACUCCAAUACCUCAGCAGGUUAGCAGUAGUGCGCUGGGCACCCCCCUAGUUCAACUCCCUGGACGCGAUGCAGCUGGGCUCGUUAGCGACGGGAACAUGAUGACAUUGCGUGAACAAGAAAAUAUCAUUGACAAGAUUGAGAAAGAGAAUUUUGGCUUGAAGAUGAAAAUACACUUCUUAGAAGACGCUUUGUCGAAGCGAGGGAAUGAAUUCAACCAAGCAGCGCUCAAAGAAAAUACCGACCUGAAAGUGAAUCGAAUUACAAUGCAGCGCGAACUCCACAAAUUCAAGAAGAACAUUGCCCAAGCUGAGCGAGACGCCGAGGUCUACAGGCUACAACUUGAAGAGUUUAGAGAACGAAUCAGACGGAAACAGGUGGACGAAAGUGUUCGUGCUGAACUCGAGAACCUUCGGUCGGAAGUUAAAGCCAAAGACAAAGAGAUUCGGCAGUUGGAAAAUGAAAAAGACCACGCCGCAGAUGAAGAAAGUUCGACCAUCAGGAAGCUCAAACACGAGAUUGAGGACUUGCAGGCCGACCUUCGGGAAAAGGACCGGGCCGUUGGCGAGCGAGACGACCAGAUCGACGAACUCCAAUUGAAGGCCAGCAAAGAAUCCAGGGACGCUGCGGAGAUUGAAGAUGAGCUAGAAUCUGCCAGGCAAGAAAUUGAAGACCUCAAACAGAGCUUAGAAAGAGCCCGGUCAGAGGUGCAAGAGGCAAAGGAAGAUCGAGAAGAGGCUUUUAACGAGAAACGGAAAGCUGAAGAAGAUCUGGAUGAGCUUCGUGAUGAAAUGGCCAAUAAAUCAUUCACAACCAAGGGACUGAGCAGACAGCUGGAGGAGAAAGCAAAUAAGCUAGAAGACGAUUUUCAGGAGCUGAAGGAGCAACAUGAUGCUGUCCGAGGCGAGCUACGGGAGAAAUCAGACUCGGAGCGGCAGCUUCGGGAAAGAAUUCGUGAGUUAGAGAGGGAAGGGGGGUCCGAACUCCGCAAGCUGCGACAAGAAACGAAUCUUUUACAUCAACAGCGUGAUGCGCUUGAGCGGAAGCUGGCUAAUAUGACGAAACAAUUGGAGUCGACCGAGCGAGAACUACAAAUCAAGGUUGACGAAAAAGAUCUGCUUCAGACCCGUCACGAUGCUUUGACAAAGGAGUCUGCAGAGCUGCAAAAAGACCUCGGCAAGGCCCAAAAGGCGAUUCAAGAUCUUGAGAGUCUGCUCGAGGAGGAAAAACAACGUGCUGCACACCAUGAUAGCAUAUUGAGAUCACAGCAUAGGAGUGAAACUGAUCUCCUGCACGAACAAAUCGAUGGACUACAUCGUGAGGUCAACUCGAAGCAGAGCGAUCAUGAAGCUGACCUGGAAGAAUGGGAAGCGCAGAGACGAGCAUUGGAAGCAGCCUCCCAAAGGGCCGAAGAAAAGGCCACAGGGUUGCAACGGACUGUGGAUAAGCUUCAAGACGCUCAAGGCACACUUUCAGGACGUGAAAUGAAGUUACAAGAAGCGCUCGAGAGUGAGAAGCAGCGUCAUCAACAAGAAGAAAAGGUCCUUUCCAAACAGAUUAACGAGCUCCAGCAAGACCUUCUGGCCAAACGAACUGCUUCCGACGAAAGUCGAAUGGAGUUGAACAAUGCUAAAGAGGAGCUAAGGAUUUCCAUUCGAGAACAGGCGGCACUGAAAGAAAAGGUGUCGGAAUUGGAGGAAGAGAUUGAAGUGCUGCAAGCAGACAUCGAGCAAGAGCAUCAACUUGCAGAGAAACAACAACAAAAGUACUCCAGCAAUGCUGAUGCUCAGAUUCUGAAAACGGGUCUAGAAAAGCAAUCGUUGCAGGAAGAGCUAGCGAAUGUCAGACUGGACCUGCAGAAUGUGAGAACAGCCCUGAAUUCUGCUGAACAAGAUCGAGAUUCCCUCGAAGCGAAACUCCAGUCGGCGCAGAAGCCCAACGAUGACACUUGCAGUGUAGAUCAGGAGAAACGCGAGUUGAAGCGUCUCAGGCUCAAGCUUGAGAGUGAGGUUGCACGGCUGAUAACUGAGCGCGAUAAUCUGGCCAAAGCCAACCAGGCACUUGAGGACGACAUCCACGCGGAACUUGAACGAAACGCCGAGGAAGAGAACCGAUUGAACGCUGAAAUCGAUUCACUGCGCAAUCAAAAAAUCUCCGCUUCUGAGAACAGAGAUCGAGAAUUGACGUCGGCACGGAACAAAGCCUCUCGGUUGGAGGCUCGAGUCAAAGACCUGGAGGAGAUGCUAGACAAUCCAUCCAAGUUAGCUGGCGAACCAGCUAGUGAUAUUUCAGGACUGCGGCGUAAUCUGAACGAAGCAAGGCAGAAUGAAGCGACAUCAACCAAGCGAGAGAUUGAAUUAAAGACAACUAAUCGAGACUUGAAAAUGCGUGUCAACGAUCUAGAGCGGGAAUUGCACCAGGCCAAAAUUGCCCAAUACAAAUCCAAGUCCCCGUCGAUCUCCCCUCCUCCAUCACACUCGAAAGAGAUGGCCAAACUUCGACAGGAUCUUGUUGAUGCGCGAGCUGAAGUCCAAGUUCUAAGUUCCGAGAAUCGAGAUCUGAAACGGGCAGUCCGAAGAGCUUCCACAGAUGAGCAUGAGCUCGUUGAUCUGCAAACCCAAGUCAAGAGUGGAAGAGCGGAAGCCGAAAGCCUGAACGCCCGACUUGCCGAGCAAAAUGAUCUUGUACAUGAUUUGCGAGAGGAACUGAAUCGUCUCCGCGAGGAAAAUGAUGGGGCACACCAUAUGUCCUCGGAGAUUCGCAAACGUGACGGACAGAUCAACGAUCUCAAAGCUCAAAUCAGAUUGCUGAGAGAAGAACAAGCAGAAGUCAAUGACUUAUCGAUGCGUCUCUCUGUUCGCGAUGGUGAAGCUCGUGAGAUGAAACAUCAACUCCGACGUCUGCGCGAAGAACGAAGCAUUGCGAAUACGAAGGCUGAAGCCGUGGAAAAUGAGUUGGAGGUCUUGCAGAGCAAAUAUGUAAACAUGCUCGAGAAGUUGACUUCGGGAAAAUCAAGCAAAGACGAGAUCAGAGAGAAAGAGAUCAAAGGGCUGAUCAAAGAGAUCAUGUGGUUGAAAGCCAAAUGCAAGCGAGAAGAACGCCUAAGAAAGGAUCUUGCUUGGAGCAAAUCAUUUCUCGAGCAAGGUGAAGUGAUGAGAGUUCAAUGCAACCAGGUUGAUCUUCGCAUUCUCGGGGAGAUGGGUGUUUCGUUGGACCAGCGCAAGUACGAGGUCAAGUUGAACCCCGUUCAAAAGUUCCGAGCUGGGGUGUUUGCUGUUAUCGCUGCCAUUCGCAUGAGCAACAUGGAAGAACGAUGGAGAGAUGCCAAACUCAUUGGUCAAGAAUUGAGAUUGAUUCGGGCCAGACAAACGAAACCUCGUUCCAGAAUUAGGAUUCUUGAGAUAUAA